AAUGUAUCCAUGGUCACGAAUAAAUUAAUGGCGGCCUCCAUGUAUUGAGAGAAGAAUUUGUAAACAUUACAGAAUGCCAGCUGACAAAAAAGAUAAAAAGAAUAAGGAAGAAGUGCCAGCUCCACCUACCAAGGGCGUCUACAUCUUCCCCAACGGAGACAAAUACGAUGGAGAAUACCAGCAUGGCAGUGACGGAUCACUAGAGCGGAACGGUCACGGUGUCCACACGACAACAGACGGGACGGUGUACGAGGGAGAGUGGAAGGGGGACAAGAUGAACGGAAAGGGGAAACUGACCCACCCCUCCGGGGCAGUGUACGAGGGGGACUUUGUCAAUAAUCAAUUUCAUGGUCAGGGAAAAUAUACCUGGAAAAAUCACUCAUUUUAUGAAGGACAGUUCAAUGAAAAUAAGAUGGAAGGCACAGGGCAAUUUACGGACACCGAGGGCCAAAUGUGGACGGGUACUUUCCGAUAUAAAGCCGCUCCAGGGUUACGGUUUGAACUUAAGAUGGAUUAAAAAAACAACGAAGACUAUGCUGGAGUAAUAUACAUUUAAUGACUGUAUGUUUUCAUUAUGAUCACAUGUAAAUAUUUCAUGAAUGGUUGUGACUACUUUGUAUUGCGUAUUUAUGGAUAAUAAAUAUUAUUCGUAAAAAGAA